CAGUCCUGUGAGGGCCUUCAGAAGAUUAAAGGAAAUCGUAAUAGGGCUCAGAUGAUGUGUGCAAGGGUGCAUGGAGAUGCACACGUAACCAUAAAGCAGAGGGAGAGCAUGGUGGUGUUAUUUGUGAGCCUUCUGCCUCCGACCUUAGUGGGCAUUAUUUGCCAUGGCAUACAAUGCAGGAACUGCUGGGGAUGCAAACCAGUUAGCACAGCGCAUAACGUCCAAUAUCCAGAAAAUCACCCAAUGCACUGCAGAAAUACAAAGAGUACUGAAUCAGCUUGGAACACCACAAGAUACGCAUGAAUUGCAGCAACAGCUACAACAGAAGCAACAGUAUACAAACCAACUUGCCAAAGAAACAGACAAGUAUAUUAAAGAGUUUGGAUCUCUGCCUUCAAUAACUGAACAGCGUCAAAGAAAAAUACAGAAAGACCGGUUGGUGAAUGAAUUCACUACAGCACUUACAAACUUCCAGCGGGUACAAAGGCAAGCUGCUGAGAAAGAGAGGGACUUUGUAGCAAGAGUACGUGCCAGCUCUAGGCUAUCGGGUGGUGCCCCAGAGGACUCCUAUAAAGAAGGAACGCUUGUCUCCUGGGACAGCCAACCUCAGACUCAGGUACUAGAUGAAGAAAUCACAGAAGAUGACCUCCGCCUUAUUGAGGAGAGGGAGUCUGCCAUUAGGCAGCUUGAGUCAGAUAUUCUGGAUAUCAAUGAAAUAUUCAAAGAUCUGGGGAUGAUGAUCCAUGAACAAGGAGAUGUUAUAGAUAGCAUAGAGGCUAAUGUAGAAACAGCUGAAGUCCAUGUUCAGCAAGCAAAUCAGCAGUUGUCCAGAGCAGCAGACUACCAGCGCAAGUCCCGCAAGAAAAUAUGUAUCCUCAUUGUUGUGCUCGCUGUAGGCAUAACCGUCCUGGGCCUAAUUAUUUGGGGAGCAACAACGGCAAAGUAAACUGCACAAGAGGGCUUCUGGUCAGGGCUCAUAAUGGUCUUUGGUCAAUGACAUGGUCAUCUUUGUCACAUCUUCUCUGUCACAAAAUGCAUUUUUUAACCCCAAGAGUGUGCUUUCCUUGGCUUGUGUAGUAAGGUUAAUUUGAAUGUUCUGCAAUGGUCUCAUUUGCGGGUUCUUAAUUCAGGUGUGGGCAAUUUUGUGUGUUUCUCUUGUCUUUCUCUCUCAGCUGUGUUACACUGGCUAGGUGGCAUAAGGCUUACUGUCCCUGGUGUGUUGCAUUGAUAUCCUCUUUUUUUAAGUGGAUCAAGCUUUUGGACACAUGUGCGGAGUGAAUCUGACAAGGUCAUUCAACUGUUCCACUUGAAGGCCUGGCAGAGAGGCUUGUGAGUGGACAGUAAGCCAUCCAACUCCAAUUUAAUCUAUCAGUUGGACUCACCAGCAUUAUAGGGGCAAACCUAAUUCACUGGAACAUGUCAUGAUUCCCUUUCAAAGACUGCAACUCUUUCUCUGCCUCUGGUCUAAGUGAAAGUUUAUGUUGCUCCUCGUCCUUGAGAAUGCAAACUGUCUUGUGAAUUCAUUUUAAAAACUAUGGAAGGGUCUGUCUGCUCAUUCUAUACCUAGGUCAGAUUGUAUAGUCUGGCUGAGUGAAUUUGGAGUCUAGUUCAGUUAUAAUCUUUGCCAAACUUUUCAAUUAAUUCUGCCAUUCCUCAUUUUCUUAAGAACUGUCUCUUUCUCUGUCUAUUUUGAUGUAGGCACGGACACUGGGUAUCAGCCAAGUUAAGGCCUCAUCUAGCAAGAAGCAUUUGAUAAUAAGUAGCCUAUAUGUGUUCAUGUGGACUUUUAAUGAUAAGACUUUGAGACACACUUUAAAUUAGCCAAGAUUUGCACCUUAAUUUAUAUACUCACCAAAAAUUUGAAACUUAAAAUACAUGAAAAUAAUAUGUAUAGUUGCUUAAUUGUAGAAUUGGUUCUGACAUCCUUUCUGACCCACAUCUCCAUUGAUACUUAACUGAAAGCUCUUUUAGUUGUAUCGUGGAGCCCACAGCGUGAUAACACAUUGAGGAAGAGGCAUGAUUGAACUUGGUCACUGCUCUGAAUAGUUGUAGUUUCCUACGUGUAUAUCCCAACUCUCAGGGCUCCUACCUCAGUUUGGGACAGGGAAGCUAUUUAGAUUAGGAAUAUGGCACAGGGGGAGAAUGCGGCCCUCAUUCCUGUUGCAUAACCUGAAGAGAGGAUGUCACCAUUGCAUUCUCCAAUUUGAAAACAACAACAAAAUACAUCGUUCAUAAAUUUGCUGCUUCCUAAUAAAGCUUUUUUUUGCGCAUUAUGGUGAACAUCAAAGAAUUCCACUAUUCUACUUGAAUUUCAGUAAAACCUAGCCAAUAUGAACAAUGAAGUGCUAUAUUUCGUUUUUAACAAUGUAAGCAAUCAUCUUUCCCUUUGUGCAUAAGUACUUGGGGCUUUGAACACAUUUUGGCAAGUUCUGAGUUCCAGAUCAUUAAGUUUUGUAUAAUUGUCUCAAGUCCUAAGGUUUUUCAAAACUGCUUUUUUGGUGCCAUUUAGAGUUAACACAUUUAAAAAGUGAUAACUAUGUUAUUUGCCAACUAAUCAGUUUUGCUUUUUAAAUAUGGAGCACAUUACUGAAUUUAUUAAAUUGUACUGUAUAAAUAUUUUCUCUGUCUUAUACAUUUUUUGUAUAGCAGUUUGAUAAAGAAGCAACGUUUACAUUAUAAGUUCUUGAGACUUGUGAUGGGGGGGGAUAACUAGAAGUAUCUGCAAGUUAAACUUGGAUUGCACCAUCUAAAUAAAGGUAAUUCCAAAAUCGAA